AUGGGUAAUGAACAUGGAAAACCGCAUAAACACGCUGAAGCAGGACACGCUCCUGCUGCUCAUGUUGAUCAGAGAGUCGUAUCUGCCUAUGAAACAAUGAAAAGCAAUGGAGAAAUGAAUUAUUCCAAUUUUGUGGGGAUGUUCGGAGAAGAUUUGGCUGAAAGUUUAUGGGCUUUCUUCACAGAACAGCGAGAUUCUACAAAAAUUAACAAGGAAGGAACUUUGGACAGAGAACAAUUCAAUAAGCAUGCUAUUCGUCUAAUGGGAUCUUCUCAUGAUAUUUACGUUUCCAUUUGCCAACCUGUACAUCAUCUAAUCAAAGUUUGCUCGGAAAGUGCCGGGGCUAUUGCAGUUGAAGGUGAUCAGCAUUUCAUCAAGUUAUUAGCUGAACAAGUAACUAAGCACGGAGCAACAGAGAAAGAAAUCAUAACAUGGUAUAAGCAAGAAAUCCCCAAAUUAGGAGAAUACGUCCAAGCAAAAGUUCUUCACAAGUUUUUGAAUUACGAUUUGGCGCUUCCCGAUCUUUCAUCCGAUUUGCUCAGUCCAAUACAGAUGUGGUAUGUUCAAGCAGUCUUGCCAUCUAUAUAUUUUCCCGAUACGGACAAGCCAGGUCAAAAGCUCAAACAAUGGACGCCGUUAUACAAUUCAGCCACUCAAGGUGUCAGCGUGAAUAGAUUCGAAGCAAAUGUUUUUGACUACAGAGGACCGACUGUUUCUUUCUUUCAGCUAGUAACAGGGGAAGUCGUUGUAAUUGCCACCGAUCAAGAAUGGAGAAAUAGCGGAUCAAGAUUUGGUGGACCUUCAACAAUAUAUUUACAAAUAUAUCCCACCUUAUUGAAAAUAGAAGAAUCAUCCUCAAUCUAUUGUAACUUCAAAAUUCGAUCUGCUGCAUUCGGACUGUCAUUCAAAAAUAUUUUCACCCUUGACAAAGAUAUGUCUCAGUUACGCGCAGUUGAGGUAUGGGGCUGUGCCGCUGCAAGCACAAAGAUUGACCAGCAAAGGUUGAAGGAUUGGCAAGGAAAGCAAGCAGAGAAGCACAAGAAGGUACCAUUACCUGGUAACUGGGAUGACAAUCCCGAUAAAACCCUUCUGGAAAUGGCAGGUUUCCAGUUUUCAAACGAACGUAAGCUCAUGGAGGAAGCUGAGCGUAAAAUGGAACGUUGA